AUGACUGGCAAGAUAGAUGCGUAUGUUGAUUGCGUGUCGCCCUAUUCAUACUAUGCCACUCUCUAUCUGAGAAGAAAUCGCCAGGCACUGAAAUCGCAUGGAAUUGAGGUCGAAUUUCAUCCCAUUUUCUUGGGCGGCGUCAAUGUUGGCUCUGGAAAUAAGCCUCCGUGGACACUUCCAGCCAAAGCAAAUUACUCCAAGUUUGACUCUGAGCGAGCUUGUAAAUACUUCGGCGUGGCCCCCAUCAAGACCCCGGAUUUCUUCCCCAUCCUUUCGAUCAUGCCUCAACGAUGCAUGAUUUAUAUCAAGAACAACUACCCCCGCGAACGCUAUGAAACCACUUUCCUCUCGCUGUGGGAGUGGAUGUACCACAAGAACAUCAACAUCAGCCAGCCGGAGCAACUGGGAGAACUGCUCAAAAGCCAUGAUUAUUCUGACGAGGAGAUCAAGGCUAUUGUCGGUGCUGCCUCUAGCCCUGAAUACAAGCAGGCCUUGACUGCUAAUACGCAGACGGCUCUUGAUCAAGGGGCGUAUGGUGCUCCGUGGUUUUGGGUGCGAAACAAGGAGGGCAAAGAAGAGCCCUUUUUUGGCAGUGACCGCUUUGCGUUCAUGUGGCAGUAUCUGGGUCUUCCCUUCCAGGAUGUGGCGAUCCUGGAGAAGUCGAAGCUGUAG